AUGUGGAGCCCCCCAGGAGCGGAGAGCCCGGUGGGGUGUCCUCUCCUUCGCUCUGCCUCCGCGCCUCCUGAGACUGAGAGCCCGCUGUACUGGGGGUCCGGGAGGGGGGACCCCAGUCCUCCCGCGAUUCCGCUAGUUCCCCAGGGCUGCGUCUCGAAGGGGGCGCAGUGCGCCGGGGGAUCGGAGGCGGAUUAUGGGGUUGGAGCGGGGCCCUGCACACGCAGGGAGAUGGGUUUACCCCCCCGGAAGCCCGGGGGCCGGGGCGUCCCAGCCCCCGCUGACUUUAAUGAGCUUAAUCGGGCCGCUUUGCCACUGUUCUCGGUCCUGAUGGUGCUUGACGCGGGCCCGACAGCCAGACAGCAGCCCCCUGGGCAGGGCGACCGUGAGUCGGAGCCAAGCGCAGGAGAAAUGGCAGCUAUCUGCUAUGUGCUGUACGGGGAGCGGAUAGGGCUGCUGUCUGACCCUCCCAGUCCGGAGGCUCAGUGCUUCAUCUUGGCGGUGGAGCAGAUGCUGGAGACCACAUUGCCCCUGCUGUACCUGCCCCCCAGCCUGCUGCCCCUCCUGCGCUCCUCCAUGUGGAAGAAGCACCUGGAGGCCUGGGACCACAUCUUCAGCCACGCGGACUCCCGUAUCCAGCAGUCAUACCAGCGAUUGCGGGGGGGCAGUGUGUCCAGGGGACAGUUCCUGGGGGUCCUGGGGGCGCUGAUGGGGGGAGGACAGCUGUCCCUGGAGCUUGUCAAGGCCAACAUCACUGAACUGAUGGUUGGGGGGAUCGACACGACUGCAGUGCCUCUACAGUUUGCCUUGUUUGAGCUGGCCCGUAACCCUUCAGUGCAGGAAGCAGUGAGGAGACAAGUGCAGUUCUCCUGGGCUCAGGCAGGGGGCGAUGUGGCGCAAGCUUUGCAGGGGGCUCCACUGCUGAAGGGCACAGUCAAGGAGACACUCAGAUUAUAUCCAGUGGGCAUCACAGUCCAACGGUAUCCUGUCAAGGACAUCGUCCUUCAGAACUACCACAUACCUGCUGGGGUGAGCAGGCAGCUACAACAGCUGGCGUUCGGGUUCGGGUCGCGACAGUGCGUGGGUCGCCGCAUCGCAGAGAACGAGAUGCAGCUCUUCCUGCUACACAUUCUGCGGAAUUUCCGUCUGGAAGUGUCGUCUACUGCUGACAUCAACACCAAGUACACCCUGAUCCUGCAGCCAGAGAAACCCCCCCAAAUCACCUUCACCCUACUGUGACCUCACACUGAACCCCCAAAUCACCUUCACCCUACUGUGACCCCACACUGAACCCCCAAAUCCCAUUCACCCAGCUGUGACCCCACACUGAACCUCCAAAUCGCCAUCACCCCACUGUGAGCUCACACCAAACCCCCAAAUCACCAUCACCCAGCCUUGACCUCACACUGAACCCCCAAAGCACCUUCACCCAGCCUUGAGCUCACACUGAACCUCCAAAUCACCUUCACCCUACUGUGACCCCACACUGAACCCCCAAAUCACCUUCACCCAGCCUUGACCUCACACCGAACCCUGAAAUCACCCUGCUGUGACGUCAGCACAGAGACUGAGAAUCCUACUGUGUUUGGGGGUGCUGGCGAUGUGCUCUGUCCAGACUGGUCCAGUAUAAUAAACGCUGAUCAGCAGA